AUUUUCAUCGCUGGAAUGAUGGAGAUGAGAUAAUUAUAAUUUCGAGUACCUCUUCCGAAAAACGCCAAGCAUCACAGUGAAAUUGAAAAAUAUAAAAAUUUGCUCUGGAUUUUGGAAAACAUGGUUCUAUAAUUAGUCAUUGCGGCAUCGAAAUGGACAUUAAAACGAGUUAACAACUUUGCUAGCCGAAUGUAAGAAAUCUGCUUUAUCGUCUUUUCUAUAGCUGCCUGCUGUUACCGACGAACGGCAAUAGAACCAACUUCAACAUUUUUUAUUAGAAUAUAUUUUAUCCGGUAAUCAUUUACGUUCGUUGAAAAAAAAAAAAUAUAUAUAUAUAUAUAUAUACAUUUACGGAUUAAUGGAACUGCAUGCUCGCUGAGAUGUGCAUUAAACGAGUUUAGAAAACUCAAAAUCCAAUUAACCUUACGACAGCCAAUGGAAUGUAAGCAAUUUUUAAUUGCCACAUUAGAAAUGUGCAACGCGAGACAUUUCCUCUGGCUAUGGGCUGCACUCGCUGUAGUAACAAUGACGCUUUUCUCGCUUCUAGUUCUCAUUUUUCUACUGAGUAAGGAACUGACAUUGUCAGCAGCCGUUGAGGUUUUUGUUGGCAAACAGAAUUUUUCAACUAGCCUUCGCCCGACUGAUUUGUCUGAAGAGUCUGCUGCAAUCGUUACGAGCGGUACUUCUCGAGAUGACGAUUUGCAGGGAUACCGCCGAGUAAGGCGAAUGCUGCAGCAGCUGAAAUUCAACAAGGACAAAAUGCGGAUUAUCGAAAAGGCGUUCUUCUAUGCCUUCAGAAAAUGUCAUUUGUCCGACGUAACCGAGCUCGUACCACUGGAAGCAGAAGCCAGAAACGAGCAAAAGAAAUGCAUCGUGGAAAAACUUGAAAAGUUGGAAAAUUUUCCAGGCGAGUAUACUCAGUACUUGCGAAACGAUACAGAUAUCAAUGAAUCAGAAGUUCUUUUGGAAAGGUUGAACAUGGAAAAAGAUAAUUCGUUGAAUAUUGAGAAUGACAAUAACUUGAGCAAUCUGAACGGUCCAGUGAGGGAAGCUCGAAUAAAAUCCAACACUCCUUAUGGCUCCAAUCCUUCGAAUAUGUUGAAAACGAGUCUAGCAAAAAUCAAGAACGUCCCUAAAGCCAAACACGGCGGUGGCGAGAAGCCAACUAAAAAGAUGCAGUCUGAAGUAGGCGAUCCUGCUAUCAAACAGAUAUCAGAUCUUCCGAAUUUCCCGUCCAUAACGUUGGGCGGAGAUGGGAACGAUACUCAACAAGGAUUAAUCUUAUACAUAAAUUUCACUGUCAGUCAAGAUGGUGGAUUUUCUAUUGUUGAUUCUCCAGCUCAGCUGGGACAGGUAUUAAAAUCGAUUCCUGAAACCUUGAAUUACGUUAUAGGGCACAUAAACAAGAGGAGAGAAAAGACCAAUGUUGCAUAAUAUUGAUAACGAAUAAAGUUAUAUGUAUAUAA